GGCUUUUAUUCCAAUACAUCAAAGGAAUAUAUUACUUCAAAAACUCUUUUAUUACAAAUGUUAUAUGUGUUUUUGUCUAAUUAAAAUGAUAUGAAGCAAAGCUAUACUGGAAUGAUUACUUCUUAUGGGUCUGAAUAAUUGAAACUCAAUGUCAAAUGCAAUGUCAGAGAAGUCAAACAAUUGCCUGAAUCAUAUAGCAAAACUGUGUAAAAUAUAUGGCAAUUAAAGGGAGAUAUCAUGCGCAGAAUGCUCUGAUGAAUAAAACUCCACUAUAAUUCGAAAAUAUCACAUCAAAAACAACAUUAAAGUAAAAAGCAUUGAAGAAAUGAUGCUUUUUUAUACUCUUCGAGGAAUUGUUUUAGUUUCUAUAUUUGUGACUCAAAUAACUUCUUGGACCACGGACAUAAAAGGAAAUCUAAACAAAGAUGUAUUUAUACCCUACAUUGAAGAAUGGAACUCUAAACUACCAGUGAAUCAUGUCAAAUGUAUAGUCAGAAGGUAUAGUUUAGGACGAACAGUUGAAACAGAGUUGAAGCCAGAUCAAAGAUACAAAUUUGAAAAAUCGGGUUUAUUAAUUCGAAAUGUCAAAAUGGAAGAUACAGGCUAUUACAAAUGUGACUCUGAUUAUAAUGAACAAAACAAAACCAAGACACACACUACAGAAGUAAAACUCCAUAUUGUGAUUGCGGGCUGCGAGUUUAGCAAUGACUUUUGUGACUUUACAAAUGAAAGAUCAAAAUGGAGGAGGAGUUCAAGCGAGCUGUCUCCACAUACAGGACUGAGUAAAGAGGCACUGAUAUGUCAAAUGAAAAGCGAAGAUGUCCCUAUUGAGUACACAACAUACCAACACACUGGUUUUUUCAUUCAUCCUAAAGCAGAUGAAGAAGAAGAAAUCAUUCUGAGAAGUGCCACUCUUCCAUUUGGAGAUAUGGAUUGUGAGUUGGAUGGAAGAGUUGAACUUGACUCUCUCAUCUAUGGAUCAAGCAAUGCAUCAAUAAAUGCAUAUGGUAUAUUAAAAGAUGGAAGGGAGGCAUUUAGAAAUACAGUUGGUGCAAAACACCAUAACAAGUGGAUACAUGAUAAAUUCUCCUACAACCCAUUCCCAGC